AUGGAGCUUCAAAUACCAACCGUCACUACCGACGACUUACGCGCCUUCCAUGCGCAACACUUCCCACACGCGCCGCCGCCAGAACACAUACUUCAUGGCUUCGAGCCAGAGGUAGAAGUAGCUGAAGAAUACUACGACGAAGCCGACGAUGGGCUGGGCUACUACCCCGACGGCACGAAGCGCACCCUGACCGACGAGCAAAUCGCCAUGUUUCGACACUCCGAAAUCCAUGCAAUGCUCCGCAAACGGCGCGUACAGAAGGAGAACGGUGAAGUCUCCGGGGAUGACGCUACCCCUGCAAGCCCAGCGGCGACGGUUCCACCUACCCAAGAAAGCUCCUCAUGUACGGCUGAUGUCGAUAAGACGCUGCCUGAUGCGUCUGCAGAACCGAAGAAGCAACAGUGGGCGACCAACAGUGCCACAUCAAAAGCCAAGGCCAAGAGAAAGCGGGAUCGGUACGCGAAGAGGAGGAAAGAAAGAAGGUUGGAGAGAGGCUUGCCGCGCAGACGGAGUGGGCGCGACGGCGCAGACAGCGGCGAUAGUGACGAUGGAAGCGACGAAUGGGACGCCUGGCACCAAGCGAACGGGCCCGACGUGCAAAAGGACGAGACCCUCGAUCUGGAUUAUUGA